UCAUGUGAUGAGGACAUUAUUUAAGGCGGCGGCGGGGCCGGAGCAGCUGCAGGCGGUGCCACGCUCGCACACGGCCGGAGCCCCGCGUGUCCGCAGCCCCCCCGCGCCCCCUCACCAUGGUCGACGCCUUCGUGGGCACCUGGAAGUUGGUGGACACCGCCAAUUUCGAUGAGUACAUGAAGGCUUUGGGCGUGGGCUUCGCCACGCGGCAGGUGGCCGGCUUCACCAAGCCCACCACCAUCAUCGAGCUGGACGGCGACAAGAUCACCGUGAAGACCCAGAGCACCUUCAAGAACACCGAGAUCACCUUCAAGCUGGGCGAGGAGUUCGACGAGACCACGGCGGACGACAGGCAUGUCAAGUCCCUGGUCACACUGGAUGGAGGCAAACUCGUCCACGUGCAGAAGUGGGAUGGGAAGGAAACAUCGCUGGUCCGGGAACUGAAGGAUGGGAAAUUAGUUCUGACUCUCACCAUGGGCAACGUCGUGUCCACCCGCACCUACGAGAAGGCGACAUAGACGCAGUGGCGGGUGCCCUGGCUGUCCCCCGGUGCCACACGGUGCCAGCGCUGCCCCGUGCCGGGCCCGGCUGCCCGAGCGCUCGGAGCCGCCCCGGGGCCGCCGCGCCCCGCCCGGCGCUGCCGCGGCUCCAGGGGCUCGGGUGGUGCUUUCGUGCUUCGUCCUUGGGUUCUUUUGUAAUUGAUAGUGGGAAAAGUCACAUGGAAAAAAUAAAAAAGGUGUUGUUACA